AUGUCUUCCCCUACAAACUUUUAUCAUAAGUCAGCAGUAAGAGUUCUAAGAUAUCUCAAAGGAGCACCAGGACAAGGCCUAUUCUAUCCCACUUCUUCUACAUUACAGCUUAAAGCAUUUAGUGAUUCAGAUUGGGGAACUUGUUCAGAGACUCGAAGAUCCAUCAUCGGCUACUGCAUCUUCUUAGGAGACUCUCUAAUUUCCUGGAAAUCCAAGAAGCAAUCCACUACAUCCAGAUCAUCGUCUGAAGCUGAGUACAGGGCUCUUGCUUCCACUAUGUACUACCCAGAUGGAGAUAAUGAUGGAAGCUUUCGUGUAUUCACUUAUAACCAAUUGAAAUUAGCCACUAAUAAUUUUCAGUCCUCAUACAAGGUUGGAGAAGGUGGCUUUGGUUCUGUCUAUAAGGGGAGGCUUAAGGAUGGUUCUUUUGUAGCUGUGAAGGUGCUGUCGGUUGAGGUUGAAUCCAUGCGAGGAGAGAGAGAAUUUGUGGCGGAAUUGGCUACACUUGCUAAUAUAAAGCACCAAAAUCUAGUAAGUCUCAAAGGGUGUUGUGUGGAAGGUGUUCAUAGAUAUUUAGUCUAUGAUUACAUGGAGAACAAUAGCCUCCACAAUACUUUCUUAGCUUCGGAGGAGAGAAGGAUGGGAUUCAGCUGGGAAACAAGGAAGGAAGUAUCCAUAGGUGUGGCUCGGGGGCUUGUCUUUCUCCAUGAAGAGCUUAAGCCUCAUAUUGUACACAGAGACAUCAAAGCCAAAAAUAUACUUAUUGAUCGGAAUUUCAUACCAAAAGUUUCAGACUUUGGUUUGGCAAAAUUGCUAAGAGAUGAAGCAUCUUACAUCAGCACUCGAGUUGCAGGGACAUUGGGUUACUUGGCUCCAGAGUAUGCUAAUUCCGGUCAAGUUUCGCGAAAAUCAGAUGUUUAUAGCUUUGGAGUAUUACUUUUACAAAUUGUCAGUGGCCUAGCAGUUGUAGAUGCCUAUCAAGAUAUUGAACGUUUUAUUGUAGAGAAGGCGUGGGCUGCGUAUGAAGCUAACAAUUUAUUAAAGUUGGUGGAUCCCAUGCUUAAUAUGAACUUCCCAUUGGAAGAAGCCUUAAAAUUCCUAAAGGUGGGGCUUCUUUGCGUGCAAGAAACCGCCAAGCUUAGGCCACGAAUGUUAGAGGUUGUAGACAAGUUGACCAACAACAAUGUUGAUAUGAAAGAUGUUCACAUUUCAAAACCAGGUUUUGUUGCUGACCUCAGGAACAUCAGAAUCAAACAACAAAACUCGUCCCAGGUAUCAAGUUCUGCUGGAGCAACCUUUGCAAGCUCAAUUUGGAGUACGGUCAAUCUUGCCCGUUAAUUGGAUUGUGCACCUUGUAUAGCACUGUAAGGGUUGAUCAAGUGUUUAUAGCCAAUUUUUUGUUCUUUGUAGCGUUUUCUUCAUUUUUUUUGUUUCUUUUUAAUAUUUUAUAGGGAGAGUCACAUUUUUUUAGGUCCAGAGAGAUCUCAUGGGGUGGGGGGGGAAGAACAAGUAGUGUAAGGCACCUGUAAUCUUCAAGCUCUAAAUGACACUGCGGAUUGCAGAUCCUGUCCUCAACU